UCUGCAAGAGAACACAGUCAGACAACAUCCACCACACGAGACAAGGAAGAGUAGCAUCCAUGGCGUGCAUCAAUACCUUGCAGAGCUGCUCCAUGUUCAAAGGGGCCAAGGCUGAGGCCAGAAGGGGCAAAGCCACCGGCGCAGGGAGCUUCGGGUGCCGGGCGUCCACGUUCAUGGACGGGAGCGGGCUCCGGCUCGGGCUCGACGAGAACCCCGACGCCAUCAUCUCCGGCGAGUGGCCCGAGAACUUCUCCCUCCUCAGCUACGACGACCUCCGCGCCUACCUCCAGUCCCAGCAGCAGCAGCAGCAGCAGCCACCUUCCCACGCUGCCGAUCAGCAGCAGGGGCCGCUCCUGCGCGAGGCCAUGUCGACGCCCGUGCUGAUGGUCACAGCGGAGCAGGCGCUGGUGGAGGUUGAAGGCCACUUUCAGCUCGUGUCAGGCCUCCCGGUUGUCGACAGCGCUCGCAGAUGCGUCGGGGUCGUCGUGAAGAGCGAUCGCGCGAGGGCUUCACAUGGGCCAAAGACGAAGAUUGCAGAUGUGAUGACAUCUCCAGCAAUCACGCUAUCAUGCGAUAAAACAGUGACCGAUGCCGCAGCUCUGAUGCUCAAGAAGAAGAUCCACAGAUUACCGAUAGUAAACCAGGACAAUCAAGUAAUAGGUAUAGUUACCCGCGACGACGUUCUUCGCGCGUUGGAGGCCAUGCUGAAGUUUUAGAGAUGCAGGAGUCCAUGCCCGGUACUUGUGGAUCUGUAAAUAUGUGUGUCCGCGGUGCUUUUGAGUAGCAGGCAGAUCUAUAGUCUGUAAAAGUGUUGUAGCCUGUAUCGCAAAAAUAAGCCUGGGAACUUUUAGGAGAGCUUUUCCUUGUAAAGAAGCACGCCCGGAAGCUUCUGGUCUGUUAUGUACCGUAUCUGGUAUCUGCGCAUGGAAAAUGUUUCCAUGAGCAAUGACUUCCACAUUCCACAGUAAGAUUGACUAAAAAUCAUAAUAAUGUAUCAGAAGAAUGGAGGCAAUAUGCUUUUAAAAA